AACACGCAAAGCGUAUGGUCGCACAAACUAAUAGCUUUAUUAAGUAGUAAAAAACUAGCAUAAAAAUGAAUCCAGAAUUAUCAAAGAUACAAAGCAGCAACAUAGCGCUUUCGCCGCUCAUCACAAAAGCACUGAAGAAGAAGCCAGCCAAACCGCUUGGAGAACGCAAGAAAGCCGUAAGACGACAGGAAUUGAUGGUAUUGCUUGGAAAUGCCUGUGUGGUGUCUUCAGGCAUGUCGGUGUCACUGCCAUCUGUUUCUCUACCACAACUCACCAGUCCAGAUGAUAUUUAUCAACUUAAUACUGAAGAAAUUAGUUGGUUUGCAUCUAUCAACAGCAUGGCCUGUCCCAUUGGCGGAUUGAUUGUCGGCUAUCUCAUGGACCGGUUUGGCCGCAAAAACACAAUGCUAUUAACAAAUGUUGUUGGUCUUAUAGGCUGGGUAUUGCUGGUUACUGCACCCUACCAAAGUGCCAGACAUGCCAUUUUCCUGCAGCUGUUGCUUGGUCGUUUCAUAUCAGGUCUUAUGAUGGGCGCAGUUUUAUCGCCCAUUGGCUCAUACUCGGCGGAAAUCAGUUUGCCGCGCAUACGUGGACGCCUGAUUUUGGGUACAUCAAUUGCCAUAGCUACCGGCAUAUUAACGAUGUAUGUACUGGGUUUAAUAAUACGGAAUCAAUUUCAAAUGGUCUGUAUCAUCUCAGCGAUUUACCAAUGUGUUGCAUUUUGCUGUAUUCUACCCAUGCCCGAAUCACCCAGCUGGUUGUUGCAAAAAGGCUAUGCGGAAAAAGCGCGAAAAUCACUCAAGUAUUUCCGUGGUCUCUCCGAAAAUGACAACACUACUUACGAUGAGUUUGAGAAGGAAUUGGCGCUUAUCAAAAAGACAUCCGAACAGAGCCGCGCAGACGCUGCGAAUGAAUCACUCUUGCAAGUCAUACGCGCGCGUGAAGUCUACAAGCCGCUCAUCAUGAUGAUUGGCUUCUUCUUCUUUCAGCAAUUCUCUGGCAUUGUUAUUAUUAUAGUAUUUGCUGCGCAAAUCGCUACAAGCGCUGGCGUAUCUGCGGAUCCAAUGUUGGUAGCUGUCUUCGUCGGCAUUGCACGUAUCGUCACCACCUUCUUCAUGAGCGCAAUCUUCGAGCGUUGGGGUCGACGACCGGCAGGCAUGCUUUCUGCUGCGGGCAUGACUGUCUGCAUGUUUUUGUUGGCGGCCAAUGGCUGGUGGCCGGUUAUCGGCGAGUCUUUUGCGCUACUGCCCGUCAUUUGCAUUGUACUGCACAUUAUCUUCUCUACGCUGGGACUGCUGACGUUGCCUUUCCUCAUGAUCUCCGAGGUAUUUCCGCAACGUGUGCGCGGCAGUGCGAAUGGCGUAACGUUGUUCGUGGGGCUAACAUUUUCCUUCAGCGUGGUGAAAUUAUAUCCCACCAUAGAAUCGUUGAUCGGCACACCAAAUAGCUUUUUCGGCUUCGGGUUUAUCUCCCUCUUGGGUUUGGUAUUCAUUAUUUUCGUCGUACCAGAGACGAAAGGUCGCACAUUGUUAGAGAUUGAGAACUAUUUCCGCACCGGACGGCGCGUGACAAAUGCGCAAGUGGCACGCCGACAAUCGCAAAUUGUUAUGGAAGUAGCGCAGGGUGUCUAUAGUUCGCAAUUCGAAUUGGACGAAGUGAUCAUGCGUUUGAGUAAAGUGCAUGAGGAUUGUGAGGCCAAUGAAAAUGAGUUAAUAAGUGCAAAAUAGUAUAGUAGUAUUUUCUAAAGAUGUAUGGUUAAAUGGUGCAUAACAUGAAAAUCUUUUUGUAGAAAUAAGUGUACUUAAAGUAAAUUAAAAACAUACCUGUGAUGCUUUUUAAAGCUUGCAACUAGAAUAUGUAAUGAGUAGGUCCAACGGAGGGUCUUUCAGCAA